AUGGACGCCCAGCACGAAGCCUAUGCCUCGACCCUCAAAAUCAACCACUUCAAGCCAGAAAACGUUCCCUGGCGGCGGCUCGGCCAGUACCUGUGGCGGCCCAUCGAAGACGGCUCCAACACCCAGUAUCGACUCAGCGUCAUCGAGAGUCUCCUUCCUCCGCAGAGCGAUGGGCCGGUCUUCCACUUCCACGAGAUGCACGACGAGGGAUUCUAUGUGACGAAAGGCAAGGUCCGUUUCCACGUCCCUGGCAGACCGAGCGUCGACGUCUUGGCAGGGGAGAUGGUGACGGUGCCGGUGCGGCUGCCGCACAAGUUCAGCAACCCCUUCGACGAGGAGGCCGUCUUCAUCAACACGGCCACGCCCGGCUUCUUCAUCCGCUACUUCGAGCACCUCGAGAACAUGAUUGGGGACGGCGCGGUGCUGACGCCCGAGAUCAACGCCCAGAGCCUCCGGCGCUUUGCCACCAUCCCCCUGUCGCCCGAGGACACGGCGCGGCUCGAGACAAACGGCUGGGCUUCGGACAGCAACGGUAUCAAGGACAAGAAGCAAUUAUCAUCAACCCUGGAGGUGGAGGCGGACGCACCGGUGGGACUGCUGAACGGCGUCAACGGCUCGUCGCCCAAGAGGGCCAAGCACAGUGUUGUUCAUGAGGUCGCUGCUGCGGUUGAAGUGAUAGAGUAA